AUGUCUUUCACCGGCUCCGUAUGGGACGGCUCGUCCUCGCCCGUGCUCUCGCGCGUCUACUCGGCGCACUCCUUCUUGACCAACAACAAGCCUCACCCUGCUUCGUACGUCGUCACCCCUGCCGCUAGCUUCUUCUCUGACCUCAUGGAACGCACGCUGAUACUCUGAUGCAACGAACAGGCCCUUCACAUUGUUCGCCAUCAUCCAUGCGGUUAGGAUCGCGUGUGCUUAUCGUGGGGUCGCUCGUGCGGGAGGGUGGGAUCAUCGUAUCGGACGUGAGUUCGCGAGACGAGUGGGGAGGGGCGGCUGGGAGGCCGAGUGACGUGAUAGGCCUGCCUGUCGUCGGUGGGGCACCAUCCAGCCGCCCCAGCUCCUCAGGGCUGUCGAGGUUCGCCGAUCGCACACCCGUCACUUGGCAGAUGUUGACCACUCUAUUGGGGUCGAUCAUGCAGUGUUCCAAGCGUUCACGGUCCCCCUCGUGUUGAUCCUCGGUGGAACGACCAUCACCAGCAUCUUGAUGGGCGCCGUGCCGGGCUGGUUGAUCUCGCCUAUCCCCGUCGCAACCUAUGGGUGAGUCGGGAUCCCACACAACCUAUCAAGUCCACCAGAAACACACAACCUAACCCCGAUGCCUAUUGCGUAACGUAACCUCCAGUCUGAUCCCCUUGAUCGCCUCCGAAUCGGGCCUCGUCUCCUUCCUACUCUCGACUCCUCGUCUCCCGCGAGACCUCCUCUUCUCCACCGUCGACGGUUUCUCCCGCGUCGUCGGCAUGACCACCCUAGGCGUAGACACCGUCCUUGCUCACCCCAACCCUGCCCUCCGCAGCUCCCCUUGGGCCAUGGUUUUGGUUGCUACGAUCGCCGGAGGUGGUGGAGGGAUGCUGGUCCCGGCGAUGAAGAUGUUUCAUGCCGAUUGGGGCUUUGAUGCCACGCCCGCUUGGGUGCGCGAUGGACCUGGGGUCGAUAUCUGGGGUGCUACCGUGAUUGGUUACGUCUAUGCGUUAGUCUUCCUCCAAACUCGAGCAUGUUUGGACACCCCCGGGGAGAAUCUGCUGACAGCUCUGAUGUUCGCUUACAUGACCACAGCACCUUAAUCGACGCCCACCCUUUCUUCCGCCUCUUGCCCAAAUACCUCCUCACCAUCUUCCCCUUCGGAUCUUACUGGUUCCACCUCCCCAAGAGUUACUACGUCAAUCCUUCCCCCGUCCCUCUUUUGCCGAACCAUGAAGCCAAGAUGUAAGCUCGCUACUCAACCUCGUCAGUUCGGCGACGGCUGAACUGACCCUGACCCGUCAAUUUUUGGAUCGCCCCCACGCAAUAGUUUCUGCUCCGUUCUCCUCUCUCUCAUGCUCUGCACCCGUACUCUAUGGCCUUACAUCCAAUCGAACCGAAAAGCAACGACCUCAAUCUCGAACAAGAAGAACAAGAAGAUCACCUCGACCUCAACUUUCACAUCUUCCAAAGCCGUGGCAGCGUUCGCGGAGAAACCGAGUUCGAGUUCGUCGGCUGUAAGUGCGGAUGAGAAGAAUAAGCAGGGGUUGAAGGAGAGGAAGUCGAAAUAA